ACUCUUACCUUAAAAAUGGAAUAUGUGCAUCUUUCAAUAUUUUUUAAAGUUAAAGAUGACUUGGGAAAUGAUGCUGUUAGUGAAGCAUUAUCGCAAAAUGAAUACUUCCCUGCCAGUGUCGAUCAAAAAUGAAAAUUGUAUCAAAUUGAAUGACUGGUGCUUGUGCCCCUUAGUAUAAUGGAUGAAAUCUACUUCCAAAAACAUUUGAAACAACAGCCAGUUUGUACAGUGAGAAUAUUCUUACUUAAAGACUCUAUAUUAUGUCGGUAGAACAAUGUCAAAGGUCACUUCCUGGACAUCUGUUUGCCAUAAAUGUAUUUAUUCUUUUUUUUUUCUAUGACAGACCCGUUAUUAUUCGAGUUUAAGAAAGAGAGAUCUCAGCAUUACCCCCUCUGGGUCACAUUGGUAUGGUAAAGUUAUCAGGUUUCAAGUUUUAUGUUGUGGAAGCACUUUAGUGUUCGUGCGUGUGCGCGUGCAAAACUGAUUACUUUUCAUUACAGCACGUCCGGAUCGAUCCAUUAAGUUCAAGGAAGAUAAUUUUCACAUACGCUUUGACUUUUCAACAGGGUUGGAAAUAUGAGCGUUUCAUUUAGAAAAGUGAAAAUUGCAUGAUUGUAUGACGAUGAACAAUAAACGCAUUGCUGUUCACAUGUCGAGUUUGGCGGUGGGAAAGUGAUGCGACGCCCCUCCAGGCUGUUCGCGAAUGGUCUCGUCCACUAUGUGACGUCACUAGCAAUGUUGCACAGUAGAGCGUCGGACUUGAGUAAAUGUUGCACUUUACACUGCUGCUCAGCGAAUUACUGGCUGCGCGUCUCAUGCUGGCUUUCUGUUUUUGUUCGUUUGCUUCAAAAGAAUGCACAUCAGAUGACAACAUGAUCCGGCUACACUGAAAAGCAGCUAGAAGGAUCGGCGGCCCGAGGAGUGAAGAUUCGCCAUGGCCCGCCGGACUGACACUCGCCAAAACGGCUCGGGACUGGGAUGCGCGUCGCAAUGGUGAUCAUUUGCAAGAAGAGGCCGGAAAAGGGCGGCGAAAAUGUAACGUCGAAAAGCACACAUUUGGGCUCGUUCCAGAGCGAGACCAUGAGCCAGGGGACCGCUCUCUUCUCUCGUGAACUCGCGGAUACCGGGGGAUGGUGCCGAGUGGCACGCGGCCGCGCCGCGCCGCAGGGUCAGGUUGGCACGAGCCUGGAGAGCCUCUGGGACAUCCUGCCAGAGGUGCACCCGAACACCUCCAGAUGGGGCUGGGAUGUGGGCCGCACGUCCGGCACCAUCAGCAGCCUCCUGCAGGACCUCAGCCUGACCGAGGCCCCCGCGUCCUCGCCGGCGGCGCCGCCCAGCAAACGUCAAUGCCGGUCCCUCUCCUGCUCCGAGGAGCUGCACCGCUCCACCUGGCGACCUCAAGGAUCCAGAGUGUGGACGGCCGUGGAAAAGAGGAGGUGCCACAGCGGCGGCAGUGUCCAUGGUGGCGGAAUCGCUCCCACGGGCUUCCCGGCCAUCCGGCGGAGCGCCAGCAUCAGCCUCAGCCUCAGCCUGCCCGCCGCCGCCGCCCUGGCCCGGCCGCUCUACCGCUCCGACGAACGGAUCCCCGAGCUCGGCGGCCCUUCGCCCGUCAGCUCGCCCGACUCCACCCCUGAACCGGAGCGCCGAGGAGGGCCGGGGGGUCUCGCCCGCAGCCGCUCACAGCCCUGCGUCCUCAAUGACAAGAAAAUCGGCGUCAAGCGCCGGAGGCCGGAUGACGUGCAAAGGCCCUCGCUGGACCUGGCAAAGAUGACCCAGAAACUUCCAAACUUCCACAGCCUCAGCUGCCAUGGAAUCUCAGGCCAGUGUCGACACAGCGAGGAUUCCUCCGCCGACAACGCUUCGGACGAUGUUCCGCCCGCGACAGAGCACGAGCCGCCUGGUCUCAACAUCCAGGAGGUGGAGCGGAUGUCCACGUGCCGCAAAGAUAAGCUGCUGCCCCCGUGGACGGGCCUCGGUAGCACCGGGAAGGACGUGCAUCUGCUCGGAGGAGAGCUGGACAUUGAGCAGAUCGAGAGGAAUUGAGAGCGACUUGAAAGUCUUACAAAGGAAGUUGUUAUGCACUCAUUUUUUUUCAGUCUUAAGCUGCACCCCCCCAUACACCCCCCACCCAAGUAGGCAGGGGGUUCCAAAUGCGUCUCAGGAGACAAGGCAAUCAGGAAGCGUCAACUCUGAAAUUAUUCGUCUUAACAUUUUUUUGCCGCUAACCCUUCACCGCUACGUUAGCGCUUGGAGAGAAUUUGCAGCAGGUUUGUAGAGAUUCCCACAAGCGGGCAAGUCGGACGACCCAAAGCACAGAAACGCACACGCAGGGAAAUGACUCAAGCCACAAAAGGGAAACGUGGCUUCUCUCCAAGAUCGAUGCAAGAUCCGUUCUGACGCUAAUCGCAUUCAUAUUUUAACGACGUGUGACGAUAAGGUGAUGUAAAAACACGAGCGUAUUUCUAUAUAAAAUAAAAAGUUUCAAACG